AUGGAUGAAGCACAGGCUCAAAUUAAGCCAGAAGAUGGUCAAAGCAAUAUUGAAGAUUCCACAACAUUAGGGGUAUCCUCAUCUACUGGGGAACUUACAGAAACAGAGUUAACAUCGGAUAAAGAUGUAGUGACAGACAAGGAGGCAAUGACAGAUAGAGAGGCAGAUAUGGAUAAAGAUGCAGUGACAGACAAGGAGGCAAUGACAGAUAAAGAGGCAGAUAUGGAUAAAGAUGCAGUGACAGACAAGGAGGCAAUGACAGAUAAAGAGGAAAUACCGAUUCCAAAGGUAGCCAAAAAGGAAACAAAGAAGGAGAAAGAGAUCGUGUCUUCCAAGAGUAGUAGUGGAGGCAAACGUAUUGCUGGAUCUUCAACUCUCUCGGACACCAAAACUCCCACAAGCUCAUCUACUGCACGUAUUAACGGUGCGAUCAAGACUUCAUCAAGGCAUUCCAUAGCUUCAAAUGCCCGAAAGUCUAUUGGUAACAUGUCAUCUUCGAGCUUAGGACAUUCAAAAUCUAUAGGGUCUAUCGGGGGUUCGGGAGAUGAAAAGAAAAAAGCACUACUACCUGGAGCUAGUCGAGGAGCUUUAGCGGCGUCAUCUGUCCAUCACCAACCCAAAAGAUCAGAGACCCUUGCCGAAAAACGAGGAGCACCAACCACUGUCUCUCGUAAGCAAACAACACCAGCUCUCACCUCGACAAGUCAAAGGUCUGUUACCAGGCCAAGUGUGACAACAAAACCUCCCACCAGCUUAGGAAACAAAUCUACAACUUCUUCGACAGCUCGACCUUCCAUCUCUGGUACUGUGGCAGAUGCCAAGAAAAGGCUCUCGGCAAUAUCUGGGUCAGCAGGCUUAAAUAAGUCGUCAGCCCGAACAUCGACCUCUUUAUCGAAAGAGAUUGAUGACCUCAGAGUCAAGCUAGCAGAUAGCGAAAUAAAGGUCGAAAAACUCCAAAACGAAAUUGUAGCCGCCCAAGAGAAACUAUUAGAAUCAAGUAAGAAAGAAGAGGAGGAGAGAAAGAAGUUCACUGAAAAGGAGGAAAAAAUUAAAUUGGAAUACAAUGAGCUGACAGCCAAGUUUCAGAAUGAAAUUAGUGAGCUACAAGCUCGACUAGAGGAAGCUCAGUCUGCCAAGGUCACUGCCGAAAAAUCCUUGACGGAAUUUGAGGAUAAAGCAAAAGAAAUCGAAGCCACUAACAUUGCUGCGGCAAUCAAAGCAGUCAAGUACGAAAAUGAACUUAACCUUAAUAGUGUAAAGAGAGAGCUACUUACUGCGCAAGAAAAUUAUGAAUCUGCAAAGAGUUCUCUGAAAGAAAAGGAAUCUAAAGUCAAUGACCUCGAAUUAAAGAUAUCUCAUUCCGAGAAACAAUUAAAAGCUAUCAGAGAAGAGCAUCAGCGUACCAUUGCUGACCUAGAAGAAUCACUUGCACAAGAUCAUAAAGCUAUCAUAUCAUCAUUAAGGACAGAACAUACAGAAAAAGUUGCAAGAUUAGGAGCUGAAUUCGAGAAAGUUCACAGUGAAAAGACAAAUAAUUUAAUUCAAAGCCAUCAAGCUGAAUUCAGUGAUCUUCAAACUCAACUAAAUGACGCUGUCACAUCUCUUGCGGAAGAGAGAGCUAAUCACGAGAAAACCACUUUAAAACAUUCACAACAGUUAUCAGAGGCAUUACUAAGUUUAAAUGCCGAGAUAUCGGAGUUAAAACAGGAAGCUGAAGGAAACAAAUCAAAACUUCACCAGUCCUCAGAAGAAUUAAAAAAUCUAACCGCAAAGUAUGAUUCUGCUCUGAAGGAAACCCAGACUGUCAAGAAUGAUCUUGAUGAUGCGAAUGAGAAACUUCGUAAUCUGAACGCCUUGAGAUCUGCUGAUUUACAGGAACUAUCCCUGCAACAGGACGAGUCAACCCAGCUAAGAGGAGAGCUCAGCGAGCUCAAAAAAAUGAUGCGCACCUAUGAUGCUGAUGAAAAGAACAAAAAUGAGGCUCUUGCCAAGAUAAAAUCUGAACAUGAAAACACUACAAAAAAGCUCGUUGACAAAAAUAAUGAAGUUAUACAACUCAAGAAAAAGCAUGAGGCAGAAAUUCAGACUGUAUCAGAGGAGUAUGAGCAAAAACUUGAUUGUAUUAGGAAGAUAUCUCCAACAAAAAAUGAGUAUGAUGAUCUUAUGAAAAAACUAGAUGAUGCUCAGAAGGCACAUUCUAUAGAGAUUAAUCAAAUUAAUCAAGAUCACAAAUCAUCCCUCAGCUCUCUUGAAGAACAAAGAGAUACCUACGAGAAAGAAAUAAAUGAUAUGAAAGUUGUCCAUGAAAAGAAUAUCAGGGAAUCUUGUAAGAAAGCAAUCGACCAUUUAAAUGAUAUUCACUCAUCUGAAAUAUGCGAUAUUUUGUCCAAAAACCAAGAGCUGGUAGAUGGCUUAAAUGAAAAGCUCGCAGAGUUUCAAAGAAAUGAAGCUUUAAAUUCUGCGAAUGCGGAAGCUAUUGAUAAAGCUCUACAAAGUGACUCUACAGAGGCCAAAAAGGCUUUACCUACGACUUACAGAGAACCUGAACCUACUCGAACAAUGAUAGAAGCCAAUAGGACGGAAAAAGCUUCAGCGGAGCUCGAAGUCAAAUCAUUUUUACGUAAAAAUAUACAGAAACAAUCUGAAGAAUUUCAAACAGACGAAAUAAAGCCUAAAAUUACAGAGGACCAAGCAGAUCAAAAGGCUCUCGAGUUCAUGGCCCUGCCACCAAACCUAGGAAACAGUAAGUGUGAUGUUGGUGGCCCAAACGAGCUGGCAGGGACUAAAGGCGAGCAAGAAAUAUCAUCACCUGCAUUAUCAACGAUCGGUCGUGCUAGGACGACGGCAAAAUUUGUAUCCGAUUUGAAUGAUGUGCUAGACUCCGAAAAUUCAAGGUGCAUACAAAUCAUUACAGACCCAAUUCCGCUCCAACUUACUCCUUAUGCCAAUUAUCUCAACCCAGCUGAAUAA